GUAGCCAAAUGUGGUAAAUACCCGUAACAAACUCACACAAGUGGGAAUGCACUCAAAUUAAAAACCAUUGUUUUCUAACAACUUCAUAAAAAAUUCCAACAGUGCACCACACGAAUAAUACGCGCAUGAGAUAAUAAUAAGAGCGCACUUCAGCAGAAAAUUAGACGUUUGAUAAAAUCAAUAAAAACUGCCAACUUACCGAUGUUUCAGUAGCUAGCCAAAAUCUUUAAAUAAGCGACAAACAUUCACUUUUCAAACAGUCUCCGUUAGCUCAUUUUCAGUGUCGCUUCGCGAUCACCGUUUGUUCGAAAAUGCGCAAAAUAUUUACUUUGCUUUUACUGCUGGCUCUUUCGCGCCAGCCAACUUUAGCUUGCAACGGUGUGAUCGGUCAGACCGCCACGCCCACACGUGAUUGGUGGCAAACGGCACAAUUCUAUCAGAUCUAUCCGCGCUCGUUCAAGGACUCCGAUGGUGAUGGUAUUGGUGACUUGGCGGGAAUCGCAUCGCAGUUGGACUAUUUGAAGGAUUUGGGCGUCACAGCGGUUUGGCUGUCGCCUAUCUACACCUCACCCAUGGCAGACUUCGGCUAUGAUAUUGCGGACUUCUUUGAUAUACAACCCGAGUAUGGCACGCUAAAUGACUUUGACAAUCUUAUACAGGAGGCUAAUAAACGUGGACUGAAGGUGAUAUUGGAUUUUGUGCCAAAUCAUUCGAGUGACGAGAGUGAAUGGUUCAAGAAGUCGGUUAGACGUGAGCGAGGCUACGAGGACUACUAUGUAUGGCACGAUGGUUAUUUGGAUGAGGAGGGAAACCGAGUGCCACCAAACAAUUGGCUCCAACAAUUCCGUGGCCCUGCCUGGGAAUGGAACGAAGAACGUCAGCAGUACUACCUACAUCAAUUCGCAGUCAAACAACCCGAUUUGAACUACCGCAAUCCUGCCGUGGUUGCCCAAAUGAAGCGCGUUUUGACCUAUUGGCUGGACCGUGGCGUGGCCGGCUUCCGUGUUGAUGCCGUACCUUGGUGCUUUGAGGUGUUACCCGACGAAAAUGGCCGCUAUCCUGAUGAACCGCAGAGCGGCUACACUGACGAUCCUGAUGAUCCUGGCUACUUGCUGCACAUCUACACACAGGACCAGCCUGAAACAUUGGACAUGGUGUACCAAUGGCGUAAAUUGCUGGACGACUACAAGCGCAUACAUGGUGGCGACACGCGUGUGUUGCUCACUGAGGCUUGGUCUCCGCUGGAGUAUGUAAUGAAAUUCUACGGCAAUCGAACAGUGGAAGGCGCACAAAUGCCAUUUAAUUUCCAGUUCAUCGUCGGUGGCAACGGUGAUAAGAAUAACACACAACUACCGGCAUCAGGCUUUGUGAAGAUCAUCAGCAGCUGGUUGGACAAUAUGCCCGCCGGCGGCACAGCCAAUUGGGUGAUGGGUAAUCACGAUCAGCGACGUGUGGGUAGUCGUUAUGGAGAGCACCGCAUCGAUACAAUGAAUAUGCUGCAGAUGUUUCUGCCGGGCGUUAGUAUUACGUAUAUGGGUGAAGAGAUUGGCAUGACUGAUUUGGAUAUCUCUUGGGAAGAUAGCCGCGAUCCAGCUGCUUGUAACUCCAAUCCUAACAUCUAUGAGCAAUUCACCCGCGAUCCUGCGCGUACACCCUUCCAAUGGAGCAACACCGCCAACGCUGGCUUCUCAACCAACAGCACCACAUGGCUGCCGAUCAAUCCAAAUUAUGUAACAGUAAAUGUGGAUACCGAGAAGGCGGCUACGAAGAGUCACUUGACGAUUUACAAGCAGUUGGUAGCGCUGCGAAAGCAGAAAACGUUGCAGCUAGGUGACGUGCGCUACAGCGCUUUUGGAGAUAAUAUCUUAGCCAUUGAGCGUUCGUUGAAGAAUGAGAAGACGUACCUUCUGUUGGCCAAUGUGCUGGACAGCGAUGCAACGGCGAAUGUGUCUGACGCAUUGCGUGUAAGCGGAAAUUUCAAGACUAUCAUUUCCAAUUUGAUUUCAACGAGAAGUGAGGGUGAUAUCGUUAGCGCGGAUAAUAUUUCAUUGAAGGCAUACGAAACGAUUAUUGUGGAGUCAGUGUGAAGCUAAAGUUGAAUAGAAAAAAAUGUUUAGUAUAUUUUGGAAUUUUACUUCUUAGCUACAGAAGAUUUUGUGAUAUGAGUAGCUUUUUCAUUUGCAUGCCAACCUUUGACUGCGAUUCCUCUUCACACCACUCAAAUUGCUAGAGCUGUACAUAGUUAAUACCAGUAUUUUGUUACUGCAUUAGUAAAUUAAAGUUAGAAAUUAGCUACUGCUAGAAAUUUUCAAUAUUUAUGUAGUUACAAUAAAUGGCUGUUAAGAAACAAAUUAUGGUCAACAGAAACUUAAUUAAAAGUUUAUAUUUAUGGGUUAAGCGUUGUUAAAAUUUAAAAUAGCAUGAUCUAAAAUCAUCAAAAUCGCAGUUUUUUUUUAGUUAUUAUAAGUGUUGAUGUGUGUGCUUAUAGGCGGCAUACACGGUGCGUCUGAGUCGCAAGUCAUUUGUGUACGUGUUAGCCUUCGACUACACACAGUUAAAUCAUUCAGAGUCAUGCCAGGAGUCAUGUCGAUGUAACUAACACAUAUUUAUUUUCACAAACACAUCCAAACCGACUCACAAGUCAGACACACCGUGUACCUAUGUCGCCGAUUAAAAGUUCACAAAAACAAAAGCAAAC